AUGUGGUUGGUUUUGUUCACCACGAUCUAUGCCGCCGCUCUGGUGGCGGCAGACGAGCCUGAAUCCGGGGCGAUCGACACAGCAGAUAUUGCAGACACUGGAGUCGACACUGGUUUUCUGUGUCCUAGUCCCAUUGCCGUACAUUGUCCGAAAGACGACUUUUGUUGCUACUAUGCCGAAUGCGAGGACGGCGCGUGUCCUAUCAAGAUCGAUCCGAAAGUGAUCGACGGCAACUAUAUCUUCGGUCAGAAGCAAUUCAAGCGCAACGGCGUUCAAGAGGAGCACAUCAAUGUGCCAGUAGAGCGUCGAUGGCAGGCCUAA